UUGAAUCCCUGAACUAAAAUGCCUUUGACACUCCUGCUCUAGAGAGUUGUAGGGGGCCUGGACAGGUCGUGAGUUCAUCACAGGGCUACCAAAAAACAAACGCCCAACUGUUCACACUUGCAUCCGUGCAGUAACGUUGCGGUAGUAACGUUUGUUACUUUAAGUCCACAGACAGAAGCUGUGUGAGCAUCUAAGAUGCAGAGAAUAGAUACAAGUCAUUUCUGCCUGUUAACUAUUGGAAAUCCACUUUUAACUAGACUGAAAGGCUGUUUUUCAGACUUUGCCGUUAAUAAUUGCGGUAAUAAAUAAUUUGCUGAAUCUGCUCGUUGUUCAAACUGGCCAAAGGUCUCACUUGGACCCACCACCUCCGCUCUGAUGCAUAGCUGCUGCUCAGCUUUUUCAUCAUAUGGAUGAACGCGUUAAGGAAGGGUUCACGUCGUCGAAUGUUCUUCAGGAGCUGUAGAUCAACCAGGGGUUUAACUUGAUUAAGUUAAAUGAAAGCAAGCUUCAGGUCGAACAAAGUGUAUUUUCAAGUGCAAGUUGAGCAAUGGAGAAUCUCUCUACAGACAAAGUGACCAUCAAAAACCCAGCAGACAUCGCCAUCAUUGUGGGAUACUUCGUCAUGGUCAUCAGUGUUGGCAUUUGGUCCAUGUUACGAACCAAACGUGGGACAGUUGGGGGAUACUUCCUCGCGGGGCGCACGAUGACCUGGUGGCCUGUUGGUGCGUCUCUGUUCGCCAGCAACAUUGGCAGUGGUCACUUUGUGGGCUUGGCAGGGACCGGAGCAGCCAGUGGCAUCGCUGUCGGAGGCUUUGAGUGGAACGCUCUGUUCAUCGUGCUGCUGCUGGGCUGGCUCUUCGUGCCCGUCUACCUCACAGCGGGGGUGAUCACGAUGCCGCAGUACCUGAAGAAGAGGUUUGGUGGGACCAGGAUCAGCCUCUACCUCUCUGUCAUCUCCCUGUUCAUGUACAUUUUCACCAAGAUCUCAGUGGACAUGUUUUCAGGAGCUGUGUUCAUCCAGCAGGCGUUAGGGUGGAACAUCUACGUGGCCGUCAUCGCCCUCCUUUUAAUAACAGCCUUGUACACGGUGACAGGUGGCCUGGCGGCGCUGAUGUACACCGACACAGUUCAGACCUUUGUCAUCAUUGCCGGGGCCUUUUUUCUCACCGGCUACUCCUUUGCUGAAGUAGGAGGCUACAACGCCCUGCUCGCCAAAUAUAGCGCUGCUAUGCCGACUAACGUCUCCUCCAUGGACCCUCAGCGCUACAACAUCUCCUCCCGCUGCUACACCCCCAGACAGGACGCCUUCAGCCUGCUGAGGGACCCGACCACGGGGGACAUGCCCUGGCCCGGAGUGGUGUUCGGGAUUGCGAUAGUGGGAGGCUGGUACUGGUGUACAGACCAGGUGAUCGUGCAGCGCUGCCUUGCAGCUCGUAGCCUCACCCACGUGAAGGCGGGCUGCAUCAUGUGUGGCUACCUCAAACUGCUGCCUAUGUUCCUCAUGGUGUUCCCCGGCAUGAUCAGCAGGGUGCUCUACCCAGAAGAAGUUGGCUGUGUGGUCCCUGAGAUCUGCAAGAUGGUGUGUGGCACAGAGGUGGGCUGCUCCAACAUUGCUUAUCCUAAACUGGUGGUGUCAGUCAUGCCCAACGGUUUGCGAGGGCUGAUGCUGGCCGUGAUGCUGGCGGCUCUCAUGUCCUCUUUGGCCUCCAUCUUUAACAGCAGCAGCACCCUGUUCACCAUGGACAUCUGGACCCGCAUCAGACCCCAGGCCACGGAGCGCGAGCUCAUCGUUGUAGGCAGAGUCUGGGUUCUCUGCAUUGUAGCCGUCAGCAUCUGCUGGAUCCCGGUGGUCCAGGCGGCUCAGAGCGGUCAGCUGUUUGAUUACAUCCAGUCCAUCUCAAGCUACCUGGCCCCCCCCAUCACCGCCGUCUUCUUCCUGGCUGUGUUUGUCAAGAGAGUCAAUGAAAAGGGGGCUUUCUGGGGCUUGGUUGGUGGUCUGGCGAUGGGUCUGUGCCGGAUGUUGCCCGAGUUCUGGUUCGGCACAGGCAGCUGUAUUUUCCCGUCCAACUGCCCUUUCUUGGUGUGUGGGAUCCAUUACCUCCACUUUGCCAUCAUACUCUUCUUCUGCACGUCGGUGCUGGUGCUGCUGGUCAGCUACUGCACCGAGCCCAUAGACGAUGAGCACCUCUAUCGUCUGGUGUUCAGUCUCCGUCAUUCCAAAGAGGAGAGGAAAGAUUUGGACUGGGAGCAAGAGGAAAAAGGGAGGAGAGCCAGGAGAAAGGCUGAAGAAAAAAAGAGGGCCAGUAUCAAUAGUGAUACAGUGGUUCAGGAGGAGGGAAAGUCUGGUAUCCGUCUCCUGAUUGGCCGUCUCUUUGGCCAGGGCGCCAGCUCCCGGGACUGCGAGGAAGAUGCCCCUGAGGUGUCAGAGCUGAUGCCCGACAUCAGUGAGGAGCCGGUGUGGAAAUAUACUGUGGAUGCGAAUGCCGUCGUCAUGAUGACUGUAGCAGUUUUCAUGUGGGGAUACUACGCUUGAUGGGGUCUCCUCCCCCAAAACCCAACAACGUGUUAAAAUAUGUAAAAUGUUAAAAACCCUACGGUUGAACUGUUUUGCCAUCUGUUGGUGAUGACUUGUCACUGCACAAAUAUUUUUUUCACAAUUAAAAUAGUAGGUGAUGGACAUAUACUACCAACAGUCUCACCAGAGGUUAGUCCUUCACUGCAUUAAAAUACGGUUAAAGAGUGUGUGUAAUUCAAACUGUAAAGGCUACGCUAAUCAGAUCAGAAUCCCAUUACUGUCUAUGGUUACAUUUUGAUUCAAUAGAUCAGUCUUAAAAGGUGUGAGAAUACAAAAUGAUUUGUUUUACUAACUUAAUAAAGCUUUGAGCAGCCCUGUGA